AUGCUCAGGACUGUUACACGACUGCCACUGCGCAGAUAUGUCCAUACGAAUGCCGGCUCGAGCGCGCGUGUAUUCAAAAGUUAUCCAACCAGGUCUGGACUUGCACUGGGAGCUACCGUCACGCUUGCUGCAUACAUGGCUUGGUCGCUGAGCUCGGAUAGUCAGCGAAUAUUACUCGAUGCUCAACCUGUGUCCGCACGUAAGAAGCUUCCGGUCUCCACAGCUCCCUCACCUCCCGCUGCAGACUCUCCAGCUCCAAUACAACAAACAGAAGAGGCAUCCCCUGAGACGUCAGUACCCGUGAUAGAGGAGGACGCGGAUAAAACACCACCUGCCGCACCAGCAGAAGCACCAAGUGAAGAACAGUCAUCUGGAGGUGCCUAUAACCCAGUGACAGGUGAAAUCAAUUGGGACUGCCCGUGCCUCGGUGGAAUGGCCCAUGGUCCAUGUGGUCCACAGUUCAGAGAGGCCUUUUCAUGUUUCGUCUACUCUGAAAAGGAACCAAAAGGUAUUGAUUGCGUGGAAAAAUUCAAGGCCAUGCAAACCUGCUUCCGGGAACACCCCGACGUGUAUGGGGAGGAAAUUAUGGACGAUGAUGAUGACGAUGAAUCCCAGGGUCAAGCUACGCCCUCAUGA